GGGAGAUGCUGUGCUUAGUGUUGCUGCUCUCCAUCAUCAAUGGAGCUGCGUCUCAGCUGCACUACUCCGUGCCUGAGGAGCAGGAGACAGGCUCCGUGGUUGGAAAUAUUGCAGAGGAUUUGGGACUAGACAUUACUAAACUUUCCGCUCGCCAUUUCCAAACUGUGGCGAGUUCACGGACCCCUUAUCUGGAGGUAAACUUGGAGAAUGGCGCGCUUGUUGUAAAGGAAAAAAUAGACCGAGAAAAGAUCUGUAAGCAGACUGUCCCGUGCCUAUUGCACCUGGAGGUAUUUUUAGAGAACCCGUUGGAGCUUUUCCGUGUCGAAAUAGAAGUGAUGGAUAUCAAUGACAACCCACCCAGCUUCGCCGAAACGGACAUUUCAGUGGAAAUAUCAGAGAGCGCUAUCCCGGGUACGCGCUUCCCGGUAGAGAACGCGUUCGACCCAGACGUGGGCUCAAACGCGCUCAAUACCUAUGCCAUCACCAACAAUAACUACUUCUAUCUGGACGUGCAGACGCAGAGCGACGGAAACAAGUUCGCAGAACUCGUUUUGGAGAAGCCACUGGACAGAGAGCAGCAGGCAGUACACCGAUACGUGCUCACUGCUGUGGAUGGAGGCGUCCCACAGAGAACAGGCACUGCUCUGCUAGUGGUCAAAGUCCUGGACUCAAAUGACAACGCGCCCACGUUUGACCAGUCCGUGUACAGCGUAAAUCUGAGGGAAAACUCUCCCGUGGGCACUCUAGUAAUCCAACUCAACGCUACAGACGUGGAUGAGGGGCAGAACGGGGAGGUAGUCUACUCUUUCAGCAGCCACAACGCUCCACGAAUAAAGGACUUGUUCAGCAUAGACGACAGGACAGGCAGAAUAGAAGUGUCAGGGGAGAUCGACUAUGAAGAGAGCAACACGCAUCAGAUUUAUGUCCAAGCUAAAGACCUGGGGGCCAACGCAGUCCCUGCGCAUUGCAAAGUCCUGGUCAAGCUGGUGGAUGUGAACGACAACACACCAGAGAUCGGCUUCAGCACAGUGACUGAGUCUGUGAGUGAGCAGGACGCGCCGGGGACAGUUAUCGCUCUGUUCAGUGUCUCUGACAGAGACUCCGGUGAGAACGGCCAGAUGAGCUGUGAGAUCCUCGGAGACGUCCCUUUCAAACUCAAAUCAUCUUUUAAGAAUUACUACACCAUAGUCACAGACGGCCCUCUGGACAGAGAGAGCACAGACUCAUACACAAUAACAGUAGUGGCUAAAGACAAGGGGCAGCCCUCUCUGACCACUAGUAAGUCAAUUAAAGUGCACGUGUCAGAUGAGAAUGACAACGCACCACGCUUUAAGCAGGCGAUAUAUGACGUAUACGUGACAGAAAACAAUGUGCCAGGGGCAUUCAUUCAGGGUGUGAGCGCUCUAGACCCAGACAUUGGCCAGAACGCACUCAUUACAUACUCUAUAUUGGAAUGUGAUAUCCAGGGCAUGUCUGUGGAAACGUAUGUGUCCAUCAACAAGGAGACGGGCUACCUUUACGCGCUGCGCUCUUUUGACUAUGAGCAGCUUAAAGAGUUCAGUUUCAAGGUUCAGGCGAAAGAUUCUGGCGCAGCUGAGCUCUUCUCCAACGCCACUGUCAAUGUAAUCAUAGUCGACCAAAAUGACAACGCCCCCACCGUCAUAGCCCCCAUAGGGAAGAAUGGAACGGCCAAGGAGCACCUGCCGCGCUCCGCUGAGCCUGGUUACAUGGUGACGCGCAUUGUGGCUAUGGAUGCAGAUGAUGGAGAAAACGCGCGACUGUCCUACAGCAUCCUGCGCGGAAACGAGAUGGGGAUGUUCCGCAUGGACUGGAGGACGGGUGAGCUAAGGACAGCACGAAGAAUAUCCCCCAAACGGGACCCACAAGGCUUCUAUGAUCUCCUCAUAGAAGUGAGGGACCACGGGCAGCCGCCUCUGUCCUCCUCCGCCAGUGUCAGUGUGAUUCUUGUGGACAGUGUGGUUGAGGGCCGCAGUGGAGACCGCGCCUCCACCUCCAAAGCCAAAGACACUUCUCUGGACUUAACUCUCAUCCUCAUUAUUGCCCUGGGCUCUGUGUCAUUCAUCUUUCUUCUGGCUAUGAUUGUGCUCGCUGUGCGCUGCCAGAAGGACAAAAAGCUGAGCCUGUCCACGUGCCUGCUGGCUGGGGACUGUCUGUGCUGUGGCGCGUGCUGUAGCAGACAGGCUCGAGGACGCAAGCAGAAGAAGCUCAGUAAGUCGGACAUUAUGUUAGUCCAAAGCACCAACGUGACGUCAGGGGUGGGGCCCGUGGGACAGGUGCCCGUGGAGGAGUCGGGUGUGGGCGGAGUGGGUGGGGGAUUUGGCUCUCAUCACCAUCAGAACCAGAACUCCUACUGUUAUCAAGUGUGUCUCACUCCAGAAUCUGCCAAGACCGACCUGAUGUUCCUGAAGCCCUGCAGCCCGUCCCGCAGCAAUGACACGGACCACACCAACCCCUGCGGGGCCCUCGUCACCGGAUACAGUGACCAGCAGCCCGAUAUCAUAUCCAACGGCAGCAUUCUGUCCAGUGAGACCAAACACCAGCGAGCAGAGUUGAGCUAUUUGGUGGAUAGACCCAGACGUGUUAACAGUUCUGCGUUCCAAGAGGCAGAUAUUGUCAGCUCCAAAGACAGUGGUCACGGAGACAGCGAACAGGGCGACAGUGACCAUGACGCCACCAACCGGGGCCACUCAGCCGGUGCAGACCUCUUCUCCAACUGCACCGAGGAGUGUAAGGCCCUGGGACACUCGGACCGCUGCUGGAUGCCCUCCUUUGUGGCUUCGGACGGUCGCCAGGGGCCUGAUUACCGCAGUAACCUGCACGUGCCUGGCAUGGACUCUGCCCUGCCCGACACAGAGGUACCAGCGUCGCCACAGCCGCCCGCCCCCGUCAGCCUGUCCGAGCAGCUCUCCGUUCCUUCCUCGCUGUCCUCCUCGGCAGCCUCGACCAACGAUAGGUCAUUCUCCACCUUUGGCAAGGACGGUCAGAGGUCUCAGUCACACCACAGCCUACACCAUCACCUCCAUCAGAGCCCGCAGUACAGCUCCAGCACGCUAGAGAGGAAAGAGUAUGAUAGGGGGACGCUCCCGUACAAACCUACCUUUCUCUGUGAGUAUCAGUAUCAAACGUCCCUGGGGCCACUUGACUUCGGUCUGGUCCAAUAUAGAUACUAA